UAGGCAAACUUCCUGUUUCAAUUUUAAAAUUUGAAGAAUUAGACAUUGUGAAACUGAACGUUAAAACAUAACCAUCUAAUAUGGCACUGGUACUGAAUCGGAAUAGAGUUGGUGUUGAAAAUACUUCAACAACGGUUGGAGUCCCGGAAAACCCUCUAGCAAGAUUGAUGUAUUAUUUGAACUGCAUGUGUACUGUUCUUAGUUUACAGGAACCAAAUAUUAUGAGACUAAUUAACUAUAAUAAUUUUUUCGAUCUUGGUGCUGAGGAAAAGGUUUUAUUAUUACUUCUGUGUGCAAAAUUAAACCCUGUGGCACUGACAGGACAGUGUUUAUUUCACGAUGAGGACGUACGAUCAAAUGCAGGUCGGGACAAUGAGUUCUACAACAUAAAUGCAGAAACAAUGACGUUUGCGGCAUCAGAGUCGGUCAUAGUUGGUGAGAAAAGAGUGGCAGUUAAGAAGAUAAUGUUUUACAAUAUUGCUUGGUUAAAUCGGAAUUACAUUGAACCAAUGAAGUUUUUUUUAGAAGACGAAGAAGAUGAAGAGCCGUCAUAUGUGCAAAACAGGCCACAAACUGCAGCUUAUUAUCAUCAAGCUGUGACAUAUUACCAUCAACAACCAACACAAAACCAACGACCAGCAAUCACCUAUAACCAACAACCAUCCAUAACAUACAACCAACCAACGACUCAACAGUCAUCCUACAACUACAAUGCACCAUCGUAUCAACGUCAGAACUCUUGCAGUAGCUGCUGUGUUAUCUUAUAAAUCAGAUUUAACACUUCCGGUAUAUUUUUUUUUAUUUAAAAUUCGUUUAUUGUUAUUAGUAUAUAUAGCAAUUA